GGGGGGAAGCCGUAGCCAUGGCGGUGGCUGUGGCCAUGGUGGGAGCCGUCAACGGGACGGAGCUAGGCCCCGCGGAAGAACUCGCCAAACUCGAGUAUCUGUCUUUAGUGUCGAAGGUGUGCACCGAGUUGGACAAUCACUUGGGGAUCAACGACAAGGAUCUGGCUGAAUUUGUGAUCAGUCUUGCUGAGAAAAAUACCACCUUUGAUACUUUUAAGACUUCUCUGGUCAAAAAUGGCGCAGAAUUCACGGAUUCUCUUAUUAGUAACUUGCUGCGUCUCAUACAAACCAUGCGGCCUCCAGCAAAGCCUUCUACUAGUAAAGAUCCAGUUGUUAAACCCAAAACUGAGAAAGAAAAGCUGAAAGAACUCUUUCCAGUCCUUUGCCAACCAGACAACCCUUCUGUUCGGACCAUGCUGGAUGAGGAUGAUGUGAAAGUCGCUGUGGAUGUCCUGAAAGAACUGGAGGCUUUAAUGCCCAGCGCAGCGGGCCAGGAGAAGCAAAGAGAUGCUGAGCACCGGGACAAGACAAAGAAGAAGAAGCGGAGCCGGAGCCGAGACAGAGAGCGAGACCGAGAGCGUGACCGUGAUCGUGAUAGAGAACGAGACCGUGAUAGAGACCACAAGCGGAGACACCGGUCCCGCUCUCGAUCACGUUCCAGGACCCGGGAGAGGAAUAAAGGGAAGUCUAGAUAUCGGUCCAGGAGCAGAAGUCAGAGUCCCCCCAAAGACCGGAAGGACCGAGACAAGUAUGGGGAGAGGAAUCUGGACAGAUGGCGGGAUAAGCAUGUGGACCGCCCUCCCCCGGAAGAGCCUGCUAUCGGGGACAUUUACAAUGGCAAAGUUACCAGCAUCAUGCAGUUUGGAUGCUUUGUGCAGCUAGAGGGACUAAGGAAGCGGUGGGAAGGCCUGGUGCAUAUCUCUGAGCUCCGGCGGGAAGGCCGUGUCGCUAAUGUGGCUGAUGUGGUGAGCAAAGGCCAGAGAGUCAAGGUCAAAGUGUUGUCCUUCACUGGGACCAAGACCAGUUUGAGCAUGAAGGAUGUGGAUCAAGAGACUGGGGAAGAUCUAAACCCCAAUCGACGACGAAAUCUUGUAGGGGAGACCAAUGAGGAGACUUCUAUGAGGAAUCCGGACAGACCCACUCACCUCUCCCUCGUCAGUGCCCCUGAAGUAGAGGAUGACUCGCUGGAGCGCAAGCGCCUUACCCGCAUCUCUGACCCAGAGAAGUGGGAGAUCAAACAGAUGAUUGCUGCUAAUGUUCUUUCCAAAGAAGAGUUUCCAGACUUUGAUGAAGAGACUGGCAUUCUUCCUAAAGUGGAUGAUGAAGAAGAUGAGGACCUUGAGAUCGAACUGGUUGAGGAAGAGCCUCCCUUCCUGAGAGGGCACACCAAGCAAAGCAUGGACAUGAGCCCUAUUAAAAUUGUUAAGAACCCAGAUGGCUCGCUCUCUCAAGCAGCUAUGAUGCAAAGUGCCUUGGCCAAAGAAAGACGGGAACUCAAGCAAGCCCAACGGGAAGCCGAGAUGGAUUCUAUUCCCAUGGGACUCAACAAACAUUGGGUUGAUCCUUUGCCUGAUGCGGAAGGCAGGCAGAUUGCUGCCAACAUGAGGGGUAUUGGGAUGAUGCCCAAUGACAUCCCCGAGUGGAAGAAGCAUGCCUUUGGGGGCAACAAAGCUUCUUAUGGAAAAAAGACCCAGAUGUCAAUCCUUGAGCAGAGAGAGAGCCUGCCCAUCUACAAACUGAAGGAGCAGCUGGUCCAGGCUGUCCAUGACAAUCAGAUCCUGAUUGUUAUCGGAGAGACGGGAUCUGGGAAGACAACGCAGAUCACCCAGUAUCUGGCGGAGGCGGGCUACACUUCCAGGGGCAAGAUUGGAUGUACCCAGCCCAGAAGAGUGGCAGCCAUGUCAGUGGCCAAAAGAGUGUCAGAGGAGUUUGGUUGUUGCUUAGGCCAAGAGGUGGGCUAUACCAUUCGAUUUGAGGACUGUACCAGCCCUGAAACAGUCAUCAAGUACAUGACAGACGGGAUGUUGCUCCGAGAGUGCCUGAUUGACCCUGACCUCACGCAGUAUGCGAUCAUCAUGUUGGAUGAAGCUCAUGAGAGAACAAUUCACACUGAUGUGCUCUUUGGAUUGUUGAAGAAGACAGUUCAGAAGCGGCAGGACAUGAAGCUGAUUGUCACCUCAGCUACCUUGGAUGCAGUGAAGUUUUCUCAGUACUUCUAUGAAGCGCCCAUCUUCACCAUCCCUGGCCGAACGUAUCCAGUGGAAAUAUUGUACACAAAGGAACCCGAGACAGAUUAUCUGGAUGCCAGCUUGAUCACCGUCAUGCAGAUCCAUUUAACAGAACCACCAGGUGACAUCCUAGUCUUUCUGACGGGUCAGGAGGAGAUCGACACUGCCUGUGAGAUCCUGUAUGAAAGAAUGAAAUCCCUGGGGCCUGAUGUUCCAGAGUUGAUUAUCCUCCCAGUGUACUCUGCUCUUCCCAGUGAGAUGCAGACCCGAAUCUUUGACCCAGCUCCACCUGGCAGCAGAAAGGUCGUGAUUGCCACCAACAUUGCAGAGACAUCGCUGACUAUCGACGGCAUCUACUAUGUGGUGGACCCUGGAUUUGUGAAGCAGAAAGUUUACAAUUCCAAGACAGGGAUCGACCAGCUCGUGGUGACUCCUAUUUCUCAGGCUCAGGCAAAGCAACGAGCUGGCAGAGCUGGAAGAACAGGCCCAGGGAAGUGUUACAGGCUGUACACAGAACGAGCCUACCGAGAUGAAAUGCUGACCACCAAUGUGCCGGAAAUCCAGAGAACCAACUUAGCAAGCACAGUGCUCUCGCUCAAGGCCAUGGGCAUCAAUGACCUUCUGUCCUUUGACUUCAUGGAUGCCCCACCAAUGGAAACCUUGAUCACAGCCAUGGAGCAACUGUACACACUGGGGGCCCUGGAUGAUGAGGGCCUGCUUACUCGCCUGGGCCGCAGGAUGGCAGAAUUCCCUCUGGAACCAAUGCUGUGCAAAAUGCUGAUCAUGUCUGUGCAUCUGGGCUGCAGUGAGGAAAUGCUGACCAUUGUGUCCAUGCUGUCUGUGCAGAACGUUUUUUACAGACCCAAGGAUAAACAAGCCCUCGCUGAUCAGAAGAAGGCCAAAUUCCACCAAACCGAAGGAGACCACCUCACCCUGUUGGCCGUGUACAAUUCUUGGAAGAACAACAAGUUUUCCAACCCUUGGUGCUAUGAGAACUUUAUCCAAGCUCGUUCUCUGCGCCGGGCCCAGGACAUUCGCAAGCAGAUGUUAGGCAUAAUGGACAGACACAAGCUGGAUGUGGUUUCCUGCGGUAAGUCCACAGUCCGAGUGCAAAAGGCCAUCUGCAGUGGAUUCUUCCGAAAUGCUGCCAAGAAAGACCCACAGGAGGGUUACCGGACACUGAUCGACCAGCAAGUGGUCUACAUCCAUCCUUCCAGCGCUCUCUUCAACAGACAGCCGGAAUGGGUGGUGUACCACGAGCUGGUGCUGACCACGAAGGAGUACAUGCGUGAGGUCACCACCAUCGACCCCCGGUGGCUUGUGGAGUUCGCUCCUGCCUUCUUCAAGGUCUCCGACCCAACGAAGUUAAGCAAGCAGAAGAAGCAGCAGCGCCUGGAACCCUUGUACAACCGCUACGAGGAGCCUAACGCCUGGAGAAUAUCCCGGGCUUUCCGGCGGCGCUGACAGGCAAGACUCGUUUGCCUCUCUCGCGGCAGUGGCCCAGGGCUUGGACUCGCUCUUAUUGGUGAAAAGCUGACCAUGAGGAUACGAUCUUAACUGGACAUUUUCCAAACUUGAUUUGCAUUUCUUCCCUUGUGGUAAAAUAGAACCAGGGAUUUACGCCUGGUUUGACCAGAAUGUCCAGCCCGCAUUACCCCAACUCACUGGGGCCACCUGGGGCUCACAGCCAACACAGGGGUACACUGUAUCAUCCCCAAGAAAGGGGUAACUCGUGCAACCCCGGGAUGGGAAAUGGGUUGUGAGCAUCGGACACCUGGACAUGCGGACAGAUGGACACGAUGGGGACCCUGAUGCCCUAGCGGGUACUGUGUGGAGGAGGGAGCCGUGAAGCUCAAUGAAAGUGUUGGCCCCACUUCCUGCUCCUGUCCAGCCCCUGUGCUUUCCCUUGACCUGAUAAUAUUUAUUUUCUUAAGGAAACAAAAAUGGUUUCUGUGAAGAUUUCUUUGAGCUGAAAGGUUAGGAUAUUGGCCUGGACUCAGGGUGGAGGGGGUUAGUAUCUGGGGCUUUGGUGUACAUAGUGGAGAGUCCCCUGAAACCAGAGCCCAGGGCCUCUUUAGGCUGAGAGGUGAUGCACAGCCCAGAUCUCCUGUCUUGGCACCUACGCUGUCCCAGCCCUGCCGAGGAUCGCGCCACGAUUAACCUCUUCCACUGCACAGGCUCUCGGGUCUGGCGCCUGAGUGGUUACAGAUGCCACACAUUGAAUACAGAGGCUGUCCCUGGCUCUGCCGCCUACCACACUCACCAUGUGCAGCGUAUCCUAUUUCCUUCUGAAACGUGCAGGUAAUCACAAAGCUUUUAUUUUGUUUUCCCUGAGGCCCUCGAUGGGCUUUAACAAAGGGUUUUUAUGGUCAAAGCCUCCCCUCCCGUGUCCCAAACAGAAAACCAACAUGACACCUCUCAGAGCCGGUUUGUGCUGCCCAGUAUCUGCUCUGGGUCUCUCACUGAGUGGUGUGCUCUUAGCAUUCUGUUGUGGAAUAACCACUUCCCAGUGCCCAGUUAUUUUUUAAUUUUUAUUAAUUGAUUUUUUAUUUUUUUUAGAGAGAGAGAGAGACAUUGAUUUGUUGUUCCACUUGUUUAUGCAUUUGUUGGUUGCUUGUAUGUGCCCUGACCAGAGACUGAAUCCAUAACCUUGGCGUAUCAGAGCAACACUCUACCCAACUGAGCUACCCGGCCAGGGCUUCUCACCGUUUUUGAGGAGGCUCUUGACUAGGAGAAACAGAUGCUGCCAGGCGGGUUGUGGGACAUCGGGAAAGCUGUUCUGGAUGUGGAGCUUGUUUAGAAGCUCCUAGGCAGUUCGGCACCUUGUAUGUUGCCUGCACUACCUCCCCCAUUCUAGUAAGUUCUGAAAUUAUGUAAAUACUAGAACUGCCAUAGAAUUGUAGCCAGACAUUAAAAGACUAUGCAGCAUUGUAGGAAAUGAAGGAAUGUAGGCUGUCAUUGGGCCGCAGACAAAUCACUCUAAAGAGACAAUUCAGAGAAUCCAGUGCAGAGGAGUACAGGCCAGGGAGUCUGCCGACAGGUCCCUGCCCCCCUUGAGCUGAGCGUGAGCCCCCGAUUCUGUCUGAGUGCACUCCUCAGGAAGCCCAGGCCUGUAAUUAAGGGCAGGGGGAUGUUUGUGUGCUAACACUGAAGGCCUUACAGGGAGAAGAGUGCAGGGGCUGACAGAGGAAACGGAAAAGGCCGUAUUGGCUGGGCACUCGGCUCCCCAGUCUUAAUUCCAGCCCAGGUCCAGUUCAGGAACCAACUCUGGGCUUCGUCGCCCACCUGUCCCAGAUGAGUGACCAGCACUGAUGGCAUUGUCACCUCUGAGAUCGUAUUCCCUGAGGAUGGACUUUUGGGAUAAGCUCAGGUUGAGGGGGGGAUGUUUAACAGGCCAAGGUGAGAGACAGGGCUGGUCAUCUUUCUGGGUUUUUGGUACGAACAAUGAAGGACCCUAGCUCUGUGGGUGUUCUUGAACGUUCCCCCUAGGUGCUGGGGAACUUCUCUGCUAUCACAGCAUGGUGGGGUCCGACCUGACUGUCCAUCAGGAAACGGCAAACCGGCCGCAUUGCCCAGUCUGCUCAGAAGGGGGCUUCCAGCAGUUCGGAAGGACUCGCCUGCUGCUUCCACACAAUGGGGCCCUUGUUUCUCUUCCUUGAACCAGUAUUACCCGAGGUUGAGUGACAACCCAGGAGAGGAUGUGGGUCUCAUGCAGGGAGCUGGAAUCUUCUUGGCCAUUAAAGUCGACUGUUCACUGCACCCCUGCGGGAGCCCAGCUCAGGAGUUUCCUGCGCCUGCACAUGUGCUGAGUCUGUGCUUGUUUGUGUGUGUGUGGGGGGGACUGUCCCCAGGGGGCAUGUGUAAGCUCUACUGCUGGGUCAGGCUUCUGGGUCCUGGGUUCACCUUCAUCCAGUCUGGAGCACGGUGUGGUUUUGGCUCUUUCCUUUGGCCCGAGGAAUUUCCUCGGGGGGCUGUUGUAGCUGUCUCCUUGGAGCAGUGCCCCUCCAAGUGUAAAGCUUUGAACAGAGUUGUGAGGAGUGGCUUGUUAAUGAACAUUUUCGAGGUCAGAGGUCACAGGUCUCAGCCUGCGAGACGUUUUCCAUGAUGCUGAUUCUCAUCUAAAUCCCUGUGUCAUGUGCAGGUGCUCAGGACCUGUUUCCAUUCAAAUUUUACACCUUCUUGCUGAUAUCCUGGCUUUAAUAUGGAAUUAAAUUUAUAUAUAUAUA